GCCAGGCGUUCUCAGCCCGUUACGAGGAAGAGUGGUGCUCUGUUUUCUUGCUGUGUGAAGAAGGGGAGAGGAAGAAGGGAGGGGUAGGUGGGGUGGGCGGGUGCCGAGGACGGUGUGCUGCUGAUCGUCGGUAUGCGGUUCGUCUCGGCAGGGCGAAAGAUAGGCUCAGGUAUUUGCCGAGAGAAGUCGGCCUCUGCCUUGUGGAGAGUACCGUUAGGCGGAGUGAGAUUGAACAGCUAUGGAGGAGGAGGAGCAGGGGGAGUGUGCAAUCUGGGUGAAUCCGGUCGUUCUGGGGAAGGGGGGUUCCAUAUGUACCAAGCAGAACCAGGAGGAGUUUCGAGAUCGGAUGGCUUUGGCAGCCUGUAUUCGCUGCGAUGGCGGGUAAGAAACGGUGAGGUGGAGGGUACUUCGGCUGCCAAGGACUCUGCUGGUAGUCUCUUCCGUAGGAGAGGUCUGGAGUUCGAACCCCAGGUUAGCCUCGCGUUCGCCGCACAGGCUCCAGGGGGGGGGUUACUUAAUAUGCACUUGCGCGGCCCGGCCACCUGCAGUCACUGCUCAGCUGGGAUCGAACUCAAUGGUUUCGUGUUCGAACCUCAGAACGGACGUGUUUCUGUACUACCUGGAACGACGGCGACAUUCUCAUCAUCGGCGACUGCGGCGGCGGCGGCGGCGGCGGGGAGUGGUGUGACGGCCACGAGAAAGGCAGCGCGUUUCACGCUAGACUUGGCGCGCAGUGAUUCCAGCGAGCCAGGGGAAGCUCGCGAAGAUCAUGAUGGUAAGGGCGGGAGCGCGAUGGAUACGAGGGAGGUCGCGGCAGUGGAAGACGCCCGUCGGGUGUCUGACUGGGCUGUGGAGCCAAGGAAGCUGAGCCGCGCAGACGGGACACCAUGGCCGUGGAGGUCCUUUUCUCCCAAAGAUGCAGUGCGCUACGACAGCGACCUCCCUGCCUCGGAGUUGACGAGGCAUCAUGCGCCGCAAAAUUUCGGGGAUAAAUUUGCGUUUUUCGUGGUAAAAUGUCUGCGAGUCCCCACAGAUUUGUUUUUCCGCAAAAAGUAUGGUUGCCGUGCUGUGAUGUUAGAGACUGUGGCCGCUGUGCCGGGAAUGGUGGGGGGGAUGCUUCUCCAUCUCCAGUCCUUGAGGAGAUUCGAGCACAGCGGCGGAUGGAUUCGAACUCUGAUCUCUGAGGCUGAGAAUGAACGUAUGCAUCUGAUGACUUUCAUGGAAAUUUCGAAGCCUCGGUUGUGGGAAAGAGAGCUGGUGAUGGCAACUCAGGGAAUCUUUGCGAACGGCUUCUUCGUGCUUUACGUAAUCAGUCCACGUAUCGCUCACAGAGUGGUCGGCUACCUCGAGGAGGCGGUUGUCUCGUACACCAGAUAUCUGGAGGAGAUUGAUGCGGGAAGGAUAGAGAACGUUCCCGCGCCGAAGAUCGCGAUCGACUACUGGGGGCUUCCGCGGGACGCGCGACUCCGCGAUGUCAUACUGGCGGUGCGCGCCGACGAGGCGCAUCAUCGGGACGUUAAUCACUUCGCGUCAGACAUCAAGAGUGCGGGCAAGCAACUCAAGGACAUCCCGGCGCCCGUCGACUACGACAAGUGAAUCGUUUCGUCGCGUACGACUAGCUCGCUGCGCGCCACCGUCU